AUGUCGAGUGCUCCUCCUUUGAAGCCCCGAAAAGAGAGCGAUUGCUGCGCCAUCCGCGCGUUCUACAGUGGUAGCGGAGCCCCGGCGACGGCUGGGGUGACGCGAGUGGUCUUCUACCUCAAGAGGGGGACGCCCCGUGGCGAGGUGGACGAGCUGGAGGAGAAGGAGUGGCUUCAUCUUGCAGAGGACCUCAUCAGCUACGGCAGCCCGGAGAAGUACCUUUACAAAGGGAGUGGACCUUGCGGUCCUAGCAUGGAGACAGGGGCACGGCUGACAGGCUUUCCCUGGAGAGGCCAAGGCGGUGGAGGCAAUGCGGCUGGCAUGACAGCCGGUGGUGGCGAUGACGAGGACCCGGAUGACGAGUACGAGCCGGUGGACGUGGAGUUGCCAGCAGCAGGCAUGGGAGCUGGAACCGUUGCCCCGCGACCAAGGUCACGGCCGACUACCCCAACAGCUAGCGAAAGCCGGAAGUUCUUCGACUACAAGAUGGACCCAGCACCGAGCUGGGGAGGCGACCAGCCUGAGAAGAAUUGGAAAGAGUACCACAGGAAUUUGCAGCUGUGGUUGAUCGAAGCGGAGUCCAGACUUCCGCCGACCCUCAUCGGCAAGAGGAUCAUAGAUGGCAUCCCGCUGGGCAGCAAGUUGCUACAAGCCAUCGUGCGGAUCAUUGAGGGACCACGAGUAUCUCAGGGACAGCGGCUGGAACAGUCCUUCGAUGAGGCGAUCUUUCGUGGUAAGCGUGAUCGAGGCAACUUCAGCACUGACCAGAAGCAGCGCUUGAAAGUGGUAACGGAUGGAAGUAUCGACUACCAGGAAAUCGAGAAGGCGGAGUACCCUGACGAGAGCUAUGAGGGUGGUUACUACCCCGAGGGCACCUACUACAGCGAGGAGAUUGAGUACGAGGAUUACCUCUUUGGAUCUGCUGGACUUUGGCCCUUUCAGAUGAACCCCAUGGACGGUCAUGACGAGGACGAAGCCUUGGAGAUCGUGAGUAACUACUUGGAGAAAAAGCUCUAUGAGGUGAGAGACCGCAUGAAAGGCAAGGGACACGGCAAGAAGGGCAAAGGGAAGGCAAGUUUGGAGCUCGCAAUCACACCGUUGGGAGGAGAUGGCCGGACCUCCGAGGUACAACAAGACUCGGCCUUCAGCUUCAAAGUCCUCGGUGAGCUGCUGGAGGAGUGCGGAGGACCUGCCCAGCUGCAGUCCAUGCUGCACCCCGCCUUCCGAGGCAAGCAGACCUCCCAGCCCGGCACCUUGGAGAACUCCGAGUAUGUCCGCACCCUUCGAGGCUUCCGCCCGAAGAUCGAGAAGCUGGGCAACGUUUUGUCCGUGAACGCCAUGCGCACCAUGGAACAGGCGAAGCUGGAUGCGGCGGCCGUUUCAGAGGUUCGACAGAGCGCCGGCGAAGCUUGUGACGCGCAUUCGGCCGAGGCAGAGGAGCUUGAGCUCGCUGCCAAGCCGAAGGGCAAAAGAGUGCCAAAGGCGAAGCCGAGGGAUAAGCCGCGGCUGUCCAAGAAGGCUCGGAAGAUGCUGAAGGAGGGCGUCGAGGCGGAUGACGCAGACUUCGACAUCCGCAUCUCAGGUGGUGAUGCCAAGCCGAAGCGAGGGGAAGGGGAACAGUUCUAUCUCAGCACCGCCGUGGACCUUCAAGCUGAGGCUAGAGAGAAAGGCUUUGAGAUGGAGCAGUACCAAAUGGACCUCCUGCCUGACGACUCAACGGACAUCAAGAAGGCCAAGAGCGUGAUGCGCUGGGACGCCAAGCGCAAGAAGUAUUUGCCGACCAUGGUCACCGCCGACGGCAAGGCCCUGAAGGGACAGCGCCGGAACGAGAGCGGGAAGAAGGUGAAGGGCGACGGCGAGAAGAGCAAGAUCUACGAGAAGUGGUCCAAGGCCACCAAGCGGCGGAUCCAGAAGGUGGGGGAGGUGGAGGACGCCUCAGCGGAUCCGCUGGGGAAGUUGCAGAAGUCCCAGGCCAGGGUCGUGGACUUCGACGCCGAGGGCGAGGUGGAGACGGCCAGGAAGCCUGUGGUGCCAUUCCAUGGCACUGUCUCGGAGGAAUUCUUGACCCACAAGCAGAAACGGGCCCUCAAGAAGCGCGCGAAGCUGGACACGGUGGCCGCGGGCACCGAAGCCAAGGCGGAGUUGAAGACGCCGCAGCAGAUCCAGCAGGAGAAGAAGCUGCGGGAGAAGAACAAGCUGAAGCAGAAGCCCUGGCUGCGGAAGGCCAAGGCCAGGGAGUCCAAGGAGGCCCGCAUGAAGAAGUUGGAGGAACGGCAGAUGCGCUAUGGCGCCAGGACCAAGGCCAAGAUGCUCAUCUUCGACGGGCCCCGGCAGUGGAAGAAGCGCGCCCCCGCGCCGCAGAAGGGCUACGGCAGCCGCCACAGCUUCUAG